AGAACAACAGUGGAUCUGCACACAUCAUGGCUUCAAGGCGACUCCAAGGCUUCCAAUCCGUCCUUCGUGGCAAGUCUCACCUCUUGCGCCCUCAGCAACGUCGCUGGGCCCAAGUCCACGAUGUCCGCUUCCUGGCUUCCCACCACGACCCAAAGCAUGUCUUGGACAAGUACAGGAGUAAGUUGGACGAGAAGGCCAGACAAGAGGGUCUCGACUCUAUCGACGCCUUGAAAGAGGCCUACAGCGACAAGAUCAAGGAGCUUCGCCGUAAAGCAGCCACCGCGGCCACCCCAGAACCAAAUGCGCCUACAGCAACACCCAAAUCGCCCUCCCUCCAAAGCACCCCUCCAGCCUUCCACCCCCCUCCACCUCCAAAGGCUGCAUCAGCCACCGAGAAAGCCGCCCGGGAGAUCUCCGGCAGCGGAAGCCCCAUCAAACCGCUCAGCACCUACCUCGACGUCGAGAAGAUCCGCGACCUACCCGCGAAGGAAAUCGAGGCCCUCUGGCGUCUCCGAUUCGCGAACAGCUCAACCUCCAUCUGUGCCGCAAUCCCGCUCGAGACCUACCUGCGCAUCGCCGACGCCGCCCGCUACAACCCCCAAUUCAUUCUCCCUCUUCCUCGCCAAGCAGCCGAGCAGGACAUGCAGACACCAGACGGAACACCAGCCGAGACUGCCGCGGAAAUCCAUUUCUUGCAGUGGGCAUUCCACCCACCCGCGGACGAUUUCGUUCCCGCCUCGAAGGACACAGUCAACAACCACACCUCGACUGUGAUCUUCACUAACCUCGGCGCGUUCAAGAUGCAUGGUUCUUUCGCGCAACCGCAUACCACUGUCACGCAUCACUUGGAUUUGGCUGAUGACAAGGGUCUGGUCCUGAUGCAUGGCCAGGUCAUGCCGGAUCGGGGCGUUUCUACCGCCGAGGCGACCUGGUUGGUUAGUUCUGUGCAGCGCUUCUACGACUUUGGUGGCCAGGCGAGUGGUCGCAAGGGCGAGUUGGUGCGGAUGUUUACACGGGGUGAUGUGGAGAACUUUAAGGUGGAGGAUUUGAUGGAGGAGACCGAGAGAGUUCACUAGAUCUGCCUUUCCAUUGGGACUGCUUGGAUGCAUUGUAACAUAUAGGAAGCACAUUUGUUGCUGAUAACCCUGUACCAUAUAUAAAACGCGGGCGUUGGCAUUUUGGAAUACUUUGCCUUUCUCUAUCCGAAACCCUGUGUAGUGUUGAG